CCUUCUUUCCCUUUCCCUCCCUCCCAGGCAUCGCUCAUCUUUUGUCUUCUUAUUUUUCUUCUUCCCUUCGUUCCUCCUUUCUCUUCCUCCGUUUCUCCUAAUCCUUCACUAUCUUUGACUGCAAUUGACUCUUAUCGUCGCACUCUGCAACCACCACCCCGCCAUUUCCGUCCCGUCCCAUACUAAUUUCGACCCAACUCUCUCAGGUUCACUCGAGCCCAUUGCGCCUCCCCUCCUCCUUUCUCUCAUCAUGACUACCGAGCGGUUGCGCGUGCUUAUUGUCGGCAAUGGCGGUCGUGAACAUGCACUGGCCUGGAAAUUGAGCCAGUCGCCCCGCGUCGACACCGUCUUCGUCGCUCCCGGAAACGGCGGUACCGGCAGCGGUGCCUCAGAAAAGAUUCAGAACGCCAACGUCAAGGGUGAUGAUUACCCCGGACUUGUGGCCUUCGCCCAACAGAACAGUGUGAACCUGGUGGUACCUGGUCCUGAGGCUCCCCUCGUGGACGGCAUUCAAGGUUAUUUCCAGGCUGUCGGUAUCCGAUGCUUCGGUCCCUCCAAGGCCGCUGCCCGCAUGGAGGGCUCCAAGACCUUCUCUAAAGAUUUCAUGAAGCGCCACAACAUUCCCACUGCUGCUUACGAGAACUUCUAUGAAUAUGAGCCCGCUCGCCAGUAUCUCGACUCCGUUUCCCACCAGGUCGUUAUCAAGGCCGACGGCCUGGCCGGUGGUAAGGGCGUUAUCAUCCCCACCACGAAGGAGGAAGCCCACCAGGCUCUUCGUGAGAUGAUGGUUGAGAACCAGUUUGGCAAGGCUGGCAGCGAGGUCGUCAUUGAGGAAUACCUCGAGGGCGAUGAACUCAGUAUUCUCACAUUCUCCGACGGUUACACCAUCCGUUCUCUUCCGGCUGCCCAGGAUCACAAGCGCAUCUUUGACGGGGACCAGGGCCCCAACACCGGUGGCAUGGGCUGCUACGCCCCGACCCCCAUUUCCUCCAAGGCCGUGCUGGAUGAGAUCGAUCGCACCAUUGUGCAGCCAUCUGUUGACGGCAUGAGAAGAGACGGAUUCCCCUUCGUCGGCAUUCUCUUUACCGGUUUGAUGAUGACCAAGGACGGCCCCAAGGUCCUUGAGUAUAACGUUCGUGGUGGAGACCCCGAGACCCAGACUCUGCUGCCCCUGCUCAGCGAUGAUACCGAUUUGGCCGAGAUCAUGGUUGCCUGUACGGAACACUGGCUGGACGGUGUUUCCAUCAAGAUCAAGCCCAACUUCUCCACCACGGUCAUUGCCGUCGCUGGUGGCUACCCUGGCUCUUACGCCAAGGGAAAGAAGAUCACUCUCGACUCUCCCACCGAAGGGACCCUCAUUUUCCACGCCGGCACCAACCUUGUCAACGGCGAGUUGCAGACCGCUGGUGGCCGUGUCAUUGCGUCCACCGCGACCGCUUCUAGCCUUGAAGAGGCUGUCCGGAAGAGUUAUGAGGGCAUCUCCACCAUUCACUUCGAGGACAUGUUCUAUCGCAAGGACAUCGCCCAUCGGGCUUUCCGCCAGCGCGAUGCCGCCGCCGCUCAGAAGGAAUCUCUCACCUACGCCGCUGCGGGUGUCUCCAUCGAUGCCGGCAACGACCUUGUCAACCAGAUUAAGAGCUCCGUCGCCAAGACCAAGCGUCCUGGUACCGACGCCGUGAUCGGUGGCUUUGGCGGCCUCUUCUCACUCGCCGCCGCCAACUCCGCCUACGACCCCAACUCCCCGACCCUGAUCGGUGCCAUUGACGGUGUCGGCACCAAGCUCAAGAUUGCUCACGCGGCCGGUGUACACAACACCGUGGGUAUUGACCUUGUCGCCAUGAACGUCAACGACCUGGUUGUUCAGGGUGCGGAGCCCCUCUUCUUCCUCGACUGCUACUCCUGCGGUCACCUCGACGUGCCCACGGCCGCCGCCUUCGUCACCGGUGUCGCCGAUGGCUGUGUUCAGGCUGGCUGUGCCCUGAUUGGUGGUGAAACCGCUGAGAUGCCCGGUCUCUUUGUCGACAACACAUACGAUGCUGUUGGUGCUGCCGUUGGUGCCAUUAACACUACGGGCCCCAAUGCCCGCCCUAUCCUUCCCGAGACCGCGGCCAUGAAGGCCGGCGACGUGCUGCUGGCCCUGGCCUCCUCGGGCCCUCACUCCAACGGCUACUCGCUGGUCCGCAAGGUCGUCGAACGCUCCGGUCUUAGCUACGAUGCCGCCGCUCCCUUCACCAUGCCCUCUGCCACCGGGCCCCAGACCCUCGGCCAGGCCCUUCUCACUCCCACUCGUAUCUACGUGAAGCCCCUUCUCAAAGCCCUCUCUAUUCCCUCCGCCACCCCCACUGCUCCCAACUCUUCCGCCAUCAAGGGUCUUGCUCAUAUCACCGGUGGCGGUCUGGUCGACAAUGUCCCCCGUAUGUUGCCCUCAACCCUGACCGCACACAUCAACGUGGAGGGCUGGAAGCUGCCCUCGGUCUUCGCCUGGCUCAAGCAGACCGGUAACGUCGAGGCCAUUGAGAUGGCCCGCGCCUUCAACUGCGGUGUCGGUAUGGUUAUUGCCGUCGAGAAGGGCUCCGAGGCUGCCGUCAAGGACCUCCUCCAGAAGGAGGGCGAGACCGUCUAUGAGAUCGGAGAGCUCCAGGCCAGAAAAGAGGGCGAAGAGGGAUGUGUCCUCACCGGAUUGGAGAGCUGGGACGCUUAAAAGAAACCCUAUCCGGAAAUGAUUUUAUACCAAUUGCUGCGAUAAAUGGUUUUUUUUU